AUGCACCUGGCGAAGCCUUUGCGCGUUGCGUUGAUCGGAGACAGCUGGGUCACAGACCUUUACCAGCGAAGCGACGGGAAACGGGUCCGCAAGUCGCACACAGCCUGGGCCAUGAAGGCAAGUUUGGAGCAGCGGCUGCGGGAGGUGGAGUUUGUUUUUGCAGGCUUCCCAGGUACGCGGACGAAGGCGCUUCAGGCUUUGUGCUCCUUGUGUUGUGUGAGGGACGUGGCCAGGCUGGCGAAGCUGGGCUAUUCUUGGAAGUACGACCCAUGGACGGCUCUCGAGGAGCAGCGAAUCCGGCCGCUCUCUGAAGAGAACAAGGGGGAAGAGCUGGAUGUCGCGGUCAUCUGUUUGGGGAGCAAUGACCUCUACGACCAAGCAUCCUCAGAGAUCCUGAGCCAGUUGAAACGCCUCCACCAACACUUGGAGUUUCGAGGUGUGGAGGUGUGUCAGUGCUCUGUUUACCUGCAUGAGAGCGAAAGACAAGCGUGGCCCGAUGCCGACCAGACUUGCCAGCAGGUGAACAUGUCUCUGCUCAAAGACAGCAGCGUCAACCUUGUCAGCCUUGACGCCUUCUUGCAAAGCUUGAGGCCUUGCCACUGGCGUGACGAGCACCACCUGGCAGACAGCGGUUACAAGCUCCUGGGCCAGGAGCUCGCCAGGGCUGUGGAGGAGCGCUUCUGUUCUUUGCCGGAGUUCGUUCUCCAAAGGUGUCCCUUUCAGCUCCACGUCGACGAGGCCGGUGAGUCCGGUGAGUGCGGUGGGCGGAGCUUCGUGGGACAGCUGGUCGCAGGGACCUACGUCAAGCAAUGGCAUGAGCACCACUGCAAGCCCAUUUACUUGAAAAAGGUCAGCCAACCUCAAGUCGAGGUCUGCCUCUUCUUCUGGGACGAUCGCAAUGGCAUCUCGUGGCGUGGCUGGUGGCUUGGGCCACUGGGCCGCCUACGCGAGGAAUCUCCGAAGUCCUCGGAGUGCAUGGAGCACCCAGGCUGGGCCCACUGUGCUGGCGACGCUGCCGAGCCGCCCAGCGGCGGCUGGGUUGAGGUGCGCUCUGGCCGACCCAGCCGCCUCCGCAUCUCCGUCGACCCACCGUGCCAGGCAGACCAGAAACCGGAGAAAGGCUCAGCAGGCUCCGCAGGCGGCUCCGCCGCGGGCUCCGCGGUCGCCUCGUUUGCCUCUCCGAUUCUCGAGAGGCCUUGGAGGGGGUCGCCAAUGAAGCGGACCCGGCACGAGUGGCACUGA